AUGUCCGAUCCGAGAAACCACGUGAGCAGGCGGGCAUGUCUUAAGUCGAAGCGUUCUCGUUUCAUCUUGGCAAUUAUAAUCCUUAUUGUGAUUAUUGCUGUUGUACCCUCCGUUGUGGUCACUACUCUCAAGAAGAAUAACAUGGGUCCGAAAGCGAAGGUGUUCGUUCCACUCUAUGUAUACCCUGCUCCUGAGGCAUGGACUCCGUUAGAAAAUGUGAUAUCCGCCCAUCCCAAUGUCAACUUUACCGUCGUGAUCAAUCCAGGAAACGGUCCAGGGCCUGAAUCCCUCCCAGAUGGCAAUUACACCCGUGAAAUCCCAAAGCUCACUGCAUACGAAAAUGUGCGUCUUUUGGGUUAUGUGUACACCUCAUACGGGAAGCGCAAUGUCUCUGCUGUUCGCAAGGAUAUCCAAACCUAUUCAGAUUGGCCGACUAAUUCCUCCAACCCUAACCUGGCGGUUCGCGGAAUUUUCUUCGAUGAAACACCUCAGCAAUACGAUGCUCAAACCUUGACCUAUUUGCAAGGGUUGACGGACUUUGUUAAGGGCAUUAAUGGUCUUGGUCCUGAUCAAUUUGUUGUGCAUAAUCCUGGCGUUAUUCCCGAUUCUCGGUACUUGGCAACAGCCGAUUCAACCGUUGUAUUCGAAGCUGCUUACACUACUUUCCACGAACGGCAAGGCGCUAAGCUGUUCACCAAUAUCCCAGAAAGCAACCGUACACAACUUUGUGCCAUCGUUCACUCCGUGCCUGAAUCUGUCGAGGGCAAGGAGCUUCGCAGUCUAGUCAAGCAGGUGCGCAUGGUCGCGGACGAGGUGUACAUCACCCAUCUUAACACAGAUUAUUAUGCCUCCUUUGGAGCUAAGUGGACUGAGUUUGUCAACCUGAUGGCAGCUUAG